AUGCCGCCGACACAGCUACCCGCCUCAGGGAACCCCCUGGUCUUCUUUGACAUGACGCUGGGAGGCGAGCCCCUCGGCCGCAUCACAUUCGAGCUCUUCAAAGACGUGGUGCCCAAAACGGCCGAGAACUUUCGCCAGUUCUGCACCGGCGAGUCCAAAGACGCCCAGGGCAAACCCCAGGGCUACAAGGGCUCCAAGUUCCACCGCAUCAUCCCCAACUUCAUGUGCCAAGGCGGCGAUUUCCUCAAAGGCGACGGCACGGGAUCAACAUGUAUAUGGGGCCUAAAGGCAUUCGAGGACGAGAACUUCAAGCUGCGCCAUGACCAGCCUGGCCUCUUGUCCAUGGCUAAUGCCGGCCCCAACUCCAACGGGUCCCAGUUCUUCAUCACCACGGUGCCCACGCCGUUUCUCGACGGCAAACACGUCGUGUUUGGCAAGGUCGUCGAUGGCAUCGAGGUCGUCCGGAAGAUGGAGCACACCAAGACGGGGUACAAGGGCAAGGACGUGCCGAACAUGGACGUGGUGAUUGCCCAGUGUGGAGAGAUGUAA